AUGUUGUCAAAGCAGUUGCUAGCACUAUCUUCUUUCCUCGUGGGAUGUUGGGCUCAGGAGGUCCCUACCGCGAAUUUACCGGCCACGAACAGCGAGCCGACCGGCGAGCCAACAGAGACCCCUUCCCCGACAUUGGGGGAUAUGACAACGAGCACCGCUACCACGACGGGAUAUACGACACACACAAUCAACGUUGGGGCGGCUGGACAUAAGUUUACUCCUAACAACAUCGAAGCAGAUGUUGGAGACAUAGUCGAAUAUCGUUUCUAUCCUGAUGGACACUGGGUGAUUCGAGGAGACUUCGAUAAUCCAUGUAUCCCAUACGAGUAUGUUGAUACAGACAGGACGGGCUUCUCGAGUGGCCCCCAGCCUGUCAAGGCUAUUACCAACGAUGCUCCUCGGUUUCGUGUUAGAGUUAACGAUACUAAACCCAUCUUCUUUUAUUGCGGUGCCCCUGGAUCCUGUGUAAGGUACCAUAUGAUGGGCGUCGUCAAUCCCUCUAAGAACAACACCUUAGCCGCCUGGCUGAAGAAUGCAAAUGGCGUGGAUUUCCAAUUAACACCUGGGGAACCCUUCCCCACGGAACAAGGCUUCCCAACCUCAACUACAUCUGCAAUAUCCAAGUCGACUACAUCUGCUAUGCCCGAGUCGACCACAUCUAUCACUACAGACCCAACUAGCAAUUCCACUUAUCAUCCCAAUGGGAAUGGUCUGAGUGGCGGUGUAAUUGCUGGAAUUGUGAUCGGCAGUGUGGCUGUCCUUGGUAUCAUAAUUGGUGUUGUUUACCUAUGUGGUAGACGUGGUGGCUUCAACGCAUAUCACCAAUCCUUUGGCAACCACGCUAAACCUGGAAACCUGAAUGGAGUGCAGCCUGUUACUGAGGUUGAGGUUGGGUCGCCAACUAGUAUGCCAGGUUAUUGGGUAUACAAGCCCACGAGUCCAAUACCUAGCAGCAUCGGUCAGAGUCACCACACAAGUCCGCCGCUUUCGCCUCUGUAUAAUUUCCAGCAGAACAGUGGGAUGGUGACGCCUCAGACCGAAAGCAACUUGAACACAAACUAG